GGGAGCCGGAAGCGGAAGUGCGGCGGGCUCGGGGCGGGCGUCGCGAUGGAGGAGAGCGGCUACGAGUCGGUGCUGUGCGUCAAGCCCGAGGUUCACGUCUACCGCAUCCCGCCGCGGGCCACCAACCGCGGCUACCGGGCCGCGGAGUGGCAGCUGGACCAGCCGUCCUGGAGCGGCCGGCUGAGGAUCACCUCACAGGGGCAGGCGGCCUACAUCAAGCUGGAAGACAGGACCUCAGGGGAGCUGUUCGCGCAGGCGCCGGUCGAGCAGUUUCCGGGCGCGGCGGUGGAGAGCGUGGCGGACUCCAGCAGGUUCUUCGUGAUCCGCGUGCAGGACGGCAGCGGGCGGCGGGCGUUCAUCGGCAUCGGCUUCGCAGACCGCGGCGACGCCUUUGACUUCAACGUGGCGCUGCAGGACCAUUUCAAGUGGGUGAGACAGCAGUGUGAAUUUGCAAAGCAAGCCCAGGACCCAGACCGAGGCCCCAAGCUGGACCUGGGUUUCAAGGAAGGCCAGACCAUCAAGCUCAACAUCGCGAACAUGAGGAAGAAGGAAGGAGCAGCUGGGACUCCCCGAGCCCGACCCGCCAGCACAGGAGGACUGAGUCUGCUUCCUCCUCCCCCAGGGGCCAAGACGGCUACCCUGCUUCCUCCUCCAGUGGAGCAGUUGUCAGGAGGGGGGCCCCUGGUCCAGCCAGCGGCUGCUCCCAGUCCAGGAGGUGCCACCGUGUCCUGGCCGCAGCCCAAGCCUGCCACGACUGCCAGCGCCGACAUCUGGGGAGACUUCGCCAAGUCCACAGGGUCAUCUCCCAGCCAGACUCCCCCCGAGACUCAGCCAGGCACGGGCUGGGUCCAGUUCUGACCCGAGAACACAUCUCCUUUUUCUCAUAAGACUCUUGGAAAGCAGUUGCCCCGUUUGGGCCCAAGGAAGAAGGAUGAAGCACUCCCUGCCAGCCUCUGUUUGGAGCAUGACUCUCCCCUCCCCUCGCUCGUCUUGACAGACAGGACAUGCUGUUCACCACAUGGCUCUGUGUCUCCAGACAGAAGAAAAGCUCUCGGACCCCUACCCCACCUUGCUAUCCUAGUACGACCAGAGACUCUGAGACAACUCCUCCCCUCAGAGUGACCCGCAUUAAACGCUAGCCCCCAGAGCAAAAGGAGGGCUCGAGUGUGCUGCAGGGGUCACAUGAUGGGUGGUCAGCAGAUGGGCUCCUACACGCCAGCCGCGGCAGCUUCAGCCAUGCCUCCAGACAGGGAUUCUUUCCACAUUUCUGGCUGUUCUGUAGUCUGCAGCCUGAAUGGGCCAGCAGGAGGGGAAUCGGGAGUCCUAGCUAGCUUUUGAAACAUGCUUAAUGCUCGCUUGGCUAAUCUGUCGGUCUGCGUUUACCCCUCUUUGCACAUUCCCUUGUGAGCACCGGAAGCAGGAGGCCACGUCCGGAAGCAGGUGCUGGACAGGAAGGUGUAAGCCGCUGCCUAGCGGUCAAGUGGGGGGUGUGAGGGGCUUGUCCCAGUUCUGCGGAUUCGUAGGCUCACAGCACAACCUCCUGCUUUGCUUCCUCCUGGGACCUUGUCUGACCAAGAAGGAGCCCAGAGCAAACUGCAAGUCCCAGUUUGUCUCUAGUGCUGGUCUGUAAGACUUUUAUCUGAGCACGCCUCGGCAUUCCCAUUUGUGGCUUACUUUACCUCUUAACUGAAAAGACUUCUUUUCUGAAGGAUUAAGGCAAUGAACUGAAGAAAGUGUCGACUUUUUUUUGUGGGACCAGAUUUCUAAAAUAAAUAAAGAUUUUUACUUCUAUCAUAGUCUGUUGGAGAUGAACCUGUCUCUGGCACAUGGCCCUUCAAGAUGCCAGAGCUGGACUCUAAAGUUACCUCUCACCAUGAUCAUGUUCAUCCAGGGUCAAAGUUUGGAACCGGGAUGUCAGAUUUGGCCAGAAUAAAAGAAUGUAGCACCCUU